GAAGCAUUUGUGUUUACGGUAAUCACCUAUCCGAUGAUGGGAUUUUAUAGCUCGGCGUAUAAGAUUUUCUGGUAUUUGUAUGCCAUGUUCAUGACAAUGCUGUACUACAACUAUUUGGGCAUGCUCCUUGUGGCAUUAACACCAAAUGAACUGGUUGCUUCAAUUCUAUCCUCAGUUUUCUACACAUUAUACAAUCUGUUUUCUGGAUUCAUCAUGCCUCAACCUCAAAUUCCAAACUGGUGGGUUUGGUUGUAUUAUUUAAUCCCUACUUCCUGGACACUAAACGGUAUGAUCACUUCACAAUAUGGAGAUAUCGACAAAGAAAUUACGGUGUUUGGAGAACCAAUAAGUGUAUCUUCUUUCAUCAAAGAUUAUUUCGGUUUUCACCAUGAUCGCUUAUAUGUGACCGGUAUUGUUCUUCUUGUAUUUCCUCUAAUUUAUGCUUCUCUUUUUGCAUAUUUGAUUGGAAAGUUGAACUUUCUCAGAAGGUGAAACAUUUGUAGAGGAUGAAAAUGUUGCACAUUGUCUAAUAUGCCAUCUUUUUAUUUAUAAAAUUUUGUACAUUGUGAACAAUAUUAUUGUAAAUUGUUAUAUUGUAGCUUUCAUACCUUCAUC